AUGAUCCAGACUGUCGGAAAUCACCUGCGAAGGGGCCUGGCCUCCGUGUUCUCCAACCGCACAUCCCGGAAGUCGGCCUCACGCACGGACAGCGACAACAUGGCCGACGGCGAGGGCUACCGGAACCCCACGGAGGUGCAGAUGAGCCAGCUGGUGCUUCCCUGCCACACCAACCAGCGUGGCGAGCUGAGCGUCGGGCAGUUGCUCAAGUGGAUCGACGCCACCGCCUGCCUGUCGGCGGAGAGGCAUGCAGGGUGCCCCUGUGUCACAGCCUCCAUGGAUGACAUCUAUUUUGAGCACACCAUUAGUGUUGGACAAGUGGUGAAUAUCAAGGCCAAGGUGAACCGGGCCUUCAACUCCAGCAUGGAGGUGGGCAUCCAGGUCGCCUCUGAGGACCUGUGCUCUGAGAAGCAGUGGUGUGUGUGCAAGGCCUUAGCCACCUUUGUGGCCCACAGGGAGCUCUCCAAGGUGAAGCUGAAGCCAACCCUGCCACGGACCGAAGAGGAGAAGACGGAGCACAGCGUGGCGGCCGAGCGCCGACGCAUGCGGCUGGUCUACGCCGACACCAUCAAGGACCUCCUCGCCAACUGCGUCAUUCAGGACGAUCUGGAGAGCAGAGACUGUAGUCACAUGGUGCCGGCCGAGAAGACGCGGGUAGAGAGUGUGGAGCUGGUCCUGCCCCCCCACGCCAAUCACCAGGGCAAUACUUUUGGGGGCCAGAUCAUGGCCUGGAUGGAGAACGUGGCCACCAUUGCAGCCAGCCGACUCUGCCGUGCCCACCCUACCCUGAAGGCCAUUGAGAUGUUCCACUUCCGGGGCCCAUCCCAGGUUGGGGACCGUCUGGUGCUCAAGGCCAUCGUGAACAACGCCUUCAAGCACAGCAUGGAGGUGGGCGUGUGCGUGGAGGCCUACCGCCAGGAGGCCGAGACCCAUCGGCGGCACAUCAACAGCGCCUUCAUGACCUUCGUGGUCCUGGGGGCAGAUGACCAGCCUCAGAUGCUGCCCUGGAUUCGGCCCCAGCCUGGGGAUGGCGAGCGGCGGUACCGAGAAGCCAGUGCCAGGAAGAAGAUCCGCCUGGACAGGCAAUACAUCGUGUCCUGUAAGCAGGCGGAGAUGCCCCUGUCUGUCCCCUGGGAUCCUAGCAACCAGGUGUGCCUGAGCUACAACAACGUCUCCUCCCUGAAGAUGCUCGUGGCCAAGGACGACUGGGUGCUGUCCUCGGAGAGCAGCCAGGUCCGCCUGUACACUCUAGAGGAGGAAAAGUUCCUCUCCUUCCACAUGGAGAUGCUGGUGCACGUGGACACAGUCCAGGCCUUCCUGCUGCUCUCUGAUCUCCGCCGGAGGCCCGAGUGGGACAAGCACUGCCGGAGCGUGGAGCUAGUGCAGCAGGUGGAUGAGGAUGAUGCCAUCUACCAUGUCAUCAGCCCCGCCCUCGGUGGUGACCCCAAGCCCCAGGACUUCAUCAUCCUGGCCUCUCGACGGAAGCCUUGUGACAUCGGGGAACCCUAUGUCAUUGCACUGAGGUCAGUUACGCUGCCCACGCACCGCGAAACCCCAGAGUACCGGCGUGGGGAGACUGUCUGCUCAGGCUUCUGCUUCUGGCGCGAGGGGGACCAGUUAACCAAGGUGUCUUACUACAACCAGGCCACCCCGGGCGUUCUCAAGUAUGUGACCACCAAUGUGACCGGCCUCUCCUCUGAGUUCUACACCACCUUCAAGGCUUGUGAACAGUUCCUCUUGGACAACCGGAACGACCUGGCCCCCAGCCUCCAGACCCUCUAA